CUUGGGUGUGGCGUGCGCCCCUCAAAGAGACACCGGUCCAAAGUUCGUUUCUUCAAACCGAUUCUCCUCCUCGAUCUGCUUUUCUCACUCCAGAUCUUAGCCCCGCCACCUUAACUCUGCCCAUCUGGGGCCAAAAGGGUUGUUAGCAGCGCCAAGACCUUAGCCCUAGCCCUCUUUUGUCUGGCUUGGCCUACGUGGCUCCUCUUCUCCCCUCCCUUUAAAUUGGGUUUUAAUUUAUUUCAUUGUUGUUCUGUUCUUUUAUUGCCUUCGUUGCAAGCUGCCUCUGCUGAGAAAGGUGGGAUAUCAGUUACUUAAAAGGUAAAGGUGUCCCCGCACUUGUAGUGCGAGUUGUUUCCGACUCAUAUGGGGUGGGAUUGCCAGUUCCUUCCCCGGCCUUUCUUUACCCCCCAGCAUAUGGGCUACUGGAUGGAAGGCUGAGUGGAUGUCGACCCCUUUUACUGGAGAUUCGACUUCCUCCUUCCGUUGGAAUCGAACUCUGGCCGUGAGCAGACCUUCGGCUGCGUUACCACCGCUUACCUCUCUGCGCUAAUGGGUGCCCUUUUGAAUAACUGAAGGCACCAUCCUGUAAAGGUCUGCUCUGGAGCAAGCUGCAUUGACUUCAGUGGGGCUUAUUCCCAGUCUUGCAGCACCAUCCUGUACAGGUCUACUCAGAAGAAAACUGCAUUGACUUCAAUGGGGCUUACUUUCAGUGACCUAGUUUGCUGGUAAGGCAAAUGCCACCCAAAGUUCAGGACAAGGGUUCAAAUGCUGCCAUGCCACCAAGACCAUCUGCCUGCGUCCUGGGGGUUGACUUGGGCACCUCGUCGGUGAAAGCGAUCUUGCUGGAAGAGACGGCCCAGGGGCCAACUGUGAUUGCAAGCUGCAGCAGGGACACGCAGGCCCGGGUGGAGAGCCACGCUGCUGGACCACAGGCGAAAGAGGACAGGGAGAACGAGCAAGAUGUCCACAAAAUCAUCACUGCCUUGAACGACUGCCUUGCCGGCCUCCCCCAGCAACUUCUCGAACGGGUGUGCCGUAUUGGUGUUUCUGGACAAAUGCACGGGGUCGUGUUUUGGAAGAUGGGUCGAGGUUGCAAGUGGACCGAGAGUGGGCAUGGUUGGCGCUUUGAGCCCCAAGAGGUCAGUCACCUGAUCACCUGGCAAGAUGGCCGCUGCAGCAGCCACUUCCUGUCCUCGCUCCCUCAGCCGCAAUCGCACCUCAGCGUGGCCACGGGAUUUGGCUGUGCCACAAUCUACUGGUACUUGAAAAACAGCCCAGAUUUCCUGAAGCCUUAUGAUGCAGCUGGCACUAUCCAUGACUACGUGGUUGCCAUGCUGUGUGGCCGGGAAAGGCCACAGAUGUCUGUCCAGAAUGCGGCCAGCUGGGGCUACUUCAACACCACGAGUAAAAGCUGGAACACAGACAUCCUUAAAGAAUCGAACUUCCCCGUUCAUUUUCUCCCUGAAGUGGUCCAGCCCGGAGAGCUGGCAGGGGGAACCUCCUGCACGUGGCACCGGAUACCAAAGGGGACAGAAGUCGGGGCUGCGCUGGGAGACUUCCAGUGUUCGGUGUAUUCCUGUAUGACUGGCUGCACUGAUGCAGUCCUCAACAUCAGUACAUCUGCCCAACUCACUGUCUUGAUGCCUCCGGGGUUCCAGCCUGGAGAUUCUCCGGACCCUCGCUCGCCCGUCGCCUAUUACCCAUAUUUCGACAAUAGCUAUCUGGUGGUGGCUGCCUCUCUGAACGGCGGCAACGUGAUGGCCACGUUCGUGGACAUGCUCGUUCAAUGGAUGGCAGAGCUGGGACUCGAAGUCCCAGAAUCAGAUCUCUACCCACGAAUAAUCGGUGCUGCCUUGGCCCAAACAGACACCGGCCUCACCAUUUGCCCAACAGUCUUUGGAGAGAGACACAUCCCAGAGAGGUUGGCCUCUGUGACAGGGAUAGCGGCCUCUGAUCUCUCCCUGGGCCACGUGACCAGGGCCUUGUGCCACGGCGUGGUCCAGAACCUUCACUCUAUGUUGUCUUCGGAACACCUGAAGGAGGCAGGGGUCACGCGGAUCUUGGCCAGCGGGAGCGCGCUUGGCAAGAACGAGGUGAUGCGGCAGGAAGUGGAAAAGGCUUACCCGUUUCCUGUGGUCUACGGGAAAGAUGUGGAUGCAGCUGUGGGAGCUGCCCAGGCGAUGCUGCCGAGGAAGUGAAGCCGGAAUUACAGAUGCCCCUUCAGCUCUAAAGAGGGUGUGCGGAUAUAACAGGACCCUGAUACUCGGGUGGGGGACGAGGAGAGAGGGAAAGCACGAUAGGAGAGACCCUUGAAGACCAACACAGCAGAUUCAGAACAAUCCCAUCUGCCCACCUCAGUCCCCCCCAAAAACCCUAGCCAAGGAUAGCCGUUGUCAACGUCACUGCAGCAGAUGUGCACAACAGAUACCUUUGGCAGCAGAGAGACAAACGCAGGCCGUAGACAACAGGGAUGUGGAAUUAGAGAGGCUGAUUUGAGCUGGGGUCUAAAUGAGGGGAAUUGGCCUCAGAGGAAGUGUGCCUUUUGGCCUUCCUCACUGGAGCCUAAUUCCUCACCACAUGCACUCUCCAAAGGGGCCUUGCGGCAAUGAGGAGGACUCUUCACUGCUGAAAGGGGGGAGGGAGAGAAAAGGCAGCGUGUCACUGCGACGCCCUCACACAAAUCAUUUUCAGGUAAUUCCAUGUUUCCAUUGCUGAAAGGGAUCAAAGGUUUCCUUUCUUUCCAGUCAGCCCUCACUCUAUCCUAGGCCACCUUCACACAGGACAUUUAUUCCACUGUUAAUCCACUUUAAACAGUCAUGGCUUCCCCCAAAGAAUCCCGGGAAGUGUAGCUUGUGAAGGGUGCUGAGAGUUGCUAGGAGAGCCUUAUUCUCACACAGCUACAAUUCCCCGAGCAGUUUAACAGUCAGCCCUUUUCCCCCAGAGAAUUCUGGGAAUUGCCAGCCUGGAAGGGGACUAUGGCUUUCCUAACAGUAUCCUUCACAAACUACACUUCCCAGGAUUCUUUGGGGGAAACCAUGAAUCUUUAAAAUGGAAUACUAGUGGAAUAAAUGUACAAUGUGAAUGUGGCCCUAGUGACGGGGGUGGGGGUGCUGUAGCCCUCCAGAUCUCUUCCGAUUCCCAGGGGUGUGUGCGAUGGCAGCAGUGAGCUGUGGGGCAGCCACCUCUUGUUUUACAGUUCAUUCGGUUGGGUCAAAACCCGACCCACCAAUACAUUCCAGAAUGAAAUUUGGGAGGUAGGGAAUGCGCCUCCCUGCUGUUCGGCAUCCCCUCGUUCAAGAUUCUGCUUGUCUUUGGUAUUGCCCGGCUGCUAAUGCCUCUGUUGCAAGUGAAAUAAUAAACGCCCCUUUGCUGCGUC